AUGUCUGAUUCUGAUCAAGAUAGUAAACAUCAUGAUAAUAUAGAGAAGAAGAUCAGAUUGGCAUCUAUUUUGAGAAUAAUCUCAACUUCUGAAUUAAGAAUAAUUACAUCAAUUAUCUCUAGUAGAUCUUUGGUUAUAAGAGCCUUGUCUUCAUUCUCUAUCUCUCUUUUUAAAAAAAUACAUUUAACUGUAUAA